CAAGCAUGUCGGCCCAUCAACUACCGGCAUGUGUGAUCGACAAUGGAACGGGUUAUACGAAGCUCGGAUAUGCUGGGAACACGGAACCUCAGUUUAUUAUUCCAUCUGCAAUUGCCGUGAAGGACAAGGUGGCGAGCUCGAAUUCGCAGGCGAUGCGCUGGAAUAACCGAGUCGGAGCCGGGAUAGACGAUCUUGAUUUCUUUAUUGGAGAUGAAGCUUUGUCGCCGGCCGCUACGAAUUAUACUGUCAAAUAUCCAAUUCGGCAUGGAAUCGUCGAAGACUGGGAUCUUAUGGAACGAUACUGGGAGCAGUGCAUUUUCAAAUACUUGAGAGCCGAGCCAGAGGAUCAUUUCUUCCUUUUGACGGAACCACCACUCAACACUCCGGAAAACCGAGAAUAUACUGCUGAAAUUAUGUUCGAGUCGUUCAACGUGCCAGGCUUGUACAUAGCCGUUCAGGCCGUCCUAGCGUUGACUGCCAGCUGGAAUUCCAGAGAAGCCAACGAGCGAAGCUUGACUGGAUUGGUGAUCGAUUCUGGAGACGGAGUAACCCAUUGUAUUCCAGUUGCCGAUGGCUAUGUAAUCGGUUCCUGUAUCAAACACAUUCCAAUUGCCGGCCGUGACAUCACCUAUUUCAUUCAAAGUCUGCUCCGUGAUCGUGAGCACACAAUUCCAGCCGAGCAGAGCUAUGAGGUGGCGAAGAUGAUUAAGGAAAAGUUCUGCUACGUGUGCCCGGAUGUUAUGAAGGAAUUUGUAAAGUAUGAUACGGACGCGGCAAAGUGGCUUCGAACCUACGAUGGAAUUAAUUCGAUUACAAAAAAACCGUUUAACGUCGACGUUGGAUACGAGAGAUUCUUGGGUCCUGAAAUCUUUUUCCAUCCAGAAUUCUGUAAUCCAGAAUUCACGACACCAAUCUCUGAUACAAUUGACACACUUAUUCAACAGUGUCCAAUUGAUGUUCGUCGUGGACUCUACGAGAAUAUUGUGCUCUCUGGAGGAUCUACAAUGUUCAAGGACUUUGCACGGAAGCUUCAGCGUGACGUGAAGCGUCUCAGUGAUGGGAGACUUCAGAUGAGCGAGACGCUGAGUGGUGGACGGUUGAAGCCGAAGCCGAUUGAUGUUCAAGUGAUUUCGCAUAAAAUGCAGAGAUAUGCGGUUUGGUUUGGAGGAUCUAUGCUGGCGUCCACUUCGGAAUUCUACCAAGUUUCACACACAAAGGCCGAAUACAUGGAGAGAGGACCAUCGAUUUGUCGUUACAAUCCAGUUUUCGGAGCUCUUACUUAAUUUUUUUUCUCCAUUUUUUUGUAUUUUUUCCCUAUAUAUUUUCUCCAAUUUUAAUCCCUUCUCCACGUUUUUUUCUCUCUAAUUCCCGAAAUUUUUGAACACACAUUUCACUUUUUUUCAUCUUAUUCUGGGCGAUUCGUGUAUGUACUUAUUAUUUUUAUUUCCAAAAAUUACCAAUUUUUUAAAACCUUUUGAACGAAAAAAUUCUCGAAGAAAUUUGAUUCCUGCGCCCCCAAUUUUUUUUCUUAAAUUGUGUUUUUUUGCAUGACUAUUGCUUUAAUUUAUUCCCCCGUUAUAUAUAAAUUCCCUUAUUUU